UAGAGCUUCUGCGGGGAAUCACCCGCAGUAGGGGUACGUAGAGGAGGACAAGAGGCGGAUGAGGACCAUGGCGGCGGCGGUGGUGGCAGCAGCGGCAGUGCGGGCCCGGAUCCUGCAGGUCUCUUCCAAGGUAAAUUCCACUUGGUAUCCAGCAUCCUCCUUCUCUUCUUCAGUGCCAACUGUAAAGCUCUUCAUUGACGGGAAAUUUGUUGAAUCCAAAAGUGACAAAUGGAUUGACAUCCACAACCCAGCCACCAAUGAGGUCAUUGGUCGGGUUCCUCAGGCCACCAAGGCUGAAAUGGAUGCAGCUGUUGCUUCCUGCAAACGUGCUUUUCCUGCAUGGGCAGAUACCUCAGUGUUAAGCCGCCAGCAGGUCCUGCUCCGCUAUCAACAACUCAUUAAAGAAAACUUGAAAGAAAUUGCCAAGUUAAUCACGCUGGAACAAGGAAAGACCCUCGCUGAUGCUGAAGGAGACGUAUUCCGAGGCCUCCAGGUGGUUGAGCAUGCCUGCAGUGUGACGUCCCUCAUGCUGGGAGAGACCAUGCCAUCCAUCACCAAAGAUAUGGACCUUUAUUCCUACCGUCUGCCUCUGGGGAUAUGUGCAGGCAUUGCUCCAUUCAACUUUCCUGCCAUGAUCCCCCUUUGGAUGUUUCCUAUGGCCAUGGUGUGUGGAAAUACCUUCCUACUGAAACCAUCAGAGCGAGUUCCUGGAGCAAGCAUGCUUCUUGCUAAGUUGCUCCAGGACUCUGGUGCCCCAGACGGAACACUGAAUAUCCUCCAUGGACAACACGAAGCUGUAAACUUCAUUUGUGAUCAUCCGGAUAUCAAAGCAAUCAGCUUUGUGGGAUCCAACCAGGCAGGAGAGUACAUCUUCGAGAGAGGGUCAAGACAUGGCAAGAGAGUUCAAGCCAAUAUGGGAGCCAAGAACCAUGGGGUAGUCAUGCCAGAUGCCAAUAAGGAAAACACCCUGAACCAGCUGGUUGGGGCAGCAUUUGGAGCUGCUGGUCAGCGCUGCAUGGCUCUUUCCACAGCAAUCCUUGUGGGAGAAGCUAAGAAGUGGCUGCCAGAGCUGGUGGAGCGUGCCAAAAACCUGAGAGUCAAUGCGGGAGACCAACCUGGAGCCGAUCUUGGCCCUCUGAUCACUCCCCAGGCCAAAGAGCGAGUCUGUAAUCUGAUUGAUAGUGGAACAAAGGAGGGAGCUUCUAUCCUUCUUGAUGGUCGAAAAAUUAAAGUCAAAGGCUAUGAAAAUGGCAACUUUGUUGGACCAACCAUCAUCUCAAAUGUCAAGCCAACUAUGACCUGUUACAAAGAGGAGAUUUUUGGUCCAGUUCUUGUGGUUCUGGAGACAGACACUUUGGAUGAAGCCAUCAAGAUCGUAAAUGACAAUCCAUAUGGAAACGGAACUGCUAUCUUCACCACGAAUGGAGCCACUGCUCGGAAAUAUUCCCACCUGGUGGACGUUGGACAGGUGGGGGUGAAUGUCCCUAUUCCAGUGCCUUUGCCAAUGUUCUCAUUCACCGGCUCACGAUCUUCCUUCAGGGGAGACACCAAUUUCUAUGGCAAACAGGGCAUCCAAUUCUACACACAGCUAAAGACCAUCACUUCUCAGUGGAAAGAAGAAGAUGCUACUCUUUCCUCACCUGCCGUAGUCAUGCCUACCAUGGGCCGUUAGAAACAAGUUUGUUCUAGACUCAGUCCACCCUGAGUAAUCUCUUUGUAUUCUUGACCAACUUCAUUUGCCAACUUUGCUCAAAUCAGAACCCUAGGACUGGAAUACCUGGUAACUAAAAUCUUUCUCAAGACCAUUAGCCCCUGCAAAGUUGCUCUAGGGAGAUUCCUAGUGUAACUCUGAAACCAGAUUUUCUUGCUCUUCUUACUUCCGUUUUUGAGGAAACUGUUUUUACUGUGAAAUGCUUACAUGGAAUGAGAACAGAGACCUAUUUUCUAGAAGUUCUCCCCUUUUCUGAUGACUUAAAGGGAAGAUAAGUGUAUGUAAAGAAGAUCUUCCAAUAACUAGAAGAAGACCUCUUGGAUGGGGAAAUAGGACAGAAAUAACUCACCCUUUGGUUGAUCCUCAAACACAGUCCCAUAUAAAUGGCACUGGGGGAGACCCCUCUGCCAAGCUUUCUUGAGCCUCUCAUUUAUCCCACACUACACAGGACGUAAUCCAUUUCUAUUUUCCCCACAGUUGUGACAACGGCUUUCUUUUCUGCUGAAUGGCACUUUGUCCUAGUGAUUCAUGACCACUAAU